CCCGGGACGAGCCCCGCAGCCGCCGGCCGCCCCCGGAGCCCGCCUUGGCCAUGGGCGAGCACCCCAGCCCGGGCCCGCAGUGGCCACUUGCGCCGAGGCGGAGCGCAUCGAGGAGCUGGAACCCGAGGCUGAGGAGCCGCUGCCCGCCGCGCCGGAGGACCACUGGAAGGUCCUGUUUGAUCAGUGUGACCCCGGGAACACAGGCUACAUCAGCACAGGCAAGUUCCGGAGCCUCCUAGAGAGCCACAGCUCCAAGCUGGACCCGCACAAAAAGGAGGUGCUCCUGGCUCUUGCCGACAGCCAUGCAGAUGGGCAGAUCUGCUACCAGGAUUUUGUCAACCUGAUGAGCAACAAGCGGUCCAACAGCUUCCGCCAGGCCAUCCUGCAGGGGAACCGCAGGCUCUGCAGCAAGGCUCUGCUGGAGGAAAAGGGGCUGAACCUCUCGCAGCGACUGAUCCGCCAUGUGGCCUACGAGACCCUGCCCCGGGAGAUUGAUCGCAAGUGGUACUACGACAGCUACACCUGCUGCCCCCCACCCUGGUUCAUGAUCACAGUCACACUGCUGGAGGUUGCCUUUUUCCUCUACAAUGGGGUGUCACUGGAUCAGUUUGUGCUGCAGGUAACCCAUCCACGUUACCUGAAGAACUCACUGGUUUACCACCCACAGCUCCGAGCCCAGGCUUGGCGCUACCUGACGUACAUCUUCAUGCAUGCAGGGGUGGAACACCUGGGUCUCAACGUGGUGCUGCAGCUGCUGGUGGGGGUUCCCCUGGAGAUGGUGCACGGAGCCACCCGCAUCGGGCUUGUCUAUGUGGCCGGCGUUGUGGCAGGGUCCUUGGCAGUGUCUGUGGCUGACAUGACUGCGCCUGUCGUGGGCUCCUCUGGCGGGGUGUAUGCGCUCGUCUCUGCCCAUCUGGCCAACAUCGUGAUGAACUGGUCAGGCAUGAAGUGCCAGUUCAAGCUGCUGCGGAUGGCUGUGGCCUUGAUCUGUAUGAGCAUGGAGUUUGGACGGGCAGUCUGGCUCCGGUUCCACCCGUCAGCCUAUCCCCCAUGCCCUCACCCGAGCUUCAUGGCACAUCUGGGUGGCGUGGCCGUGGGCAUCACCCUGGGCGUGGUGGUCCUGAGGAACUAUGAGCAGAGGCUUCAGGACCAGUCACUGUGGUGGAUUUUUGUGGCCAUGUACACCGUCUUCGUGCUGUUUGCCAUCUUCUGGAACAUCUUUGCCUACACCCUGCUGGACUUGAAGCUGCCACCACCCCCCUAAGAUGGGCUCAAGGACCACGAUGGGGGAGGGGAGGGAGAAGCAACAUCAAGAGGGAGCAUCUGCAUUCUUUUUUUUUUUUUUU